CCUAGUAGACAGAUGAAUCUGUACAGACAUAUCGCAUCCCCCGCGUAACUCCAUGUUCGACCGGUUUCCAUUGCUUCGUUGAAUGCGCUCAUCAAUCUCGCCUUGCGCUCCAUUUAUAUAAUCUAUUUAUGUCUAUGCUUGACCCAUUCUCCCCAUUCGCGACGCCCACCCCUACGUGAUCGCAGCCAAUUCUUUUCGCCAUGGAUGACCUUUCGAGGGCCGAGUAUCCCGCCUUGCUGGAUUCUUUACAGCCCGGCCAAGCCGUCACUAUCCUCACCGACCGGGUCAAGCGCAUAACCAAGGUCAACAAUGAAAUCGCAGACUGGUUACAGGAACGUCGGAGAGUCGAGGAGCAAUAUGCUCAAGGGUUGCGGAGAUUGGCCCAAUUCCGCGUUCCCAAUGCGCAAUCAGAGCUUGGGAGUUUCCAAGUUCAAUGGGACAAGAUCCUUCAAUCGGUAGAGAUCAUUGCUACAUCCCAUCACACCCUCGCUGCACACAUCGAAAAGGAAGUCGAGACCCCACUCCGCAUGUUCGAAGUCAAGAAAGAAAUGCAAAAUAUCCAAACAAUACAAGGAAACUUACAAAAAGUGGCUAGGGAGCUGGAAGAGGCUCAAGAAAAGUCGGACAAACUGACCAAAAAGGGUGGUAAAGCCAGUGCUCAAAAGGUUGACUUGGCUGCGAGCAAGCUCGAGUCUGCCACCAACCAAUGGAAAUCACAGGCCCCCUUUGUCUUCGAAAGUCUCCAGGCCGUAGACGAGAGUCGUAUGAACCAAUUGCGCGACUGUUUGACCCAGUAUGGCACUCUCGAGGGAGAGCAAGCACAGAGGCUGCAGAGCGAUGCCGAAAGCGUGUUGAACAGCCUUCUUGACUAUAGUACCGCAAAUGAGAUCCAGCAGUUUGUUUCAAAGGUGACCGCAGGGCGGCCUAAGUUAGAGAAACGAACAACAACAGCACGGCAAUCAACCAGCGCAGGUGGUGCAAGUACGCCCGGCGGUACUGUACCUGGUCUCAAUGCGCCAACGGAAGAUGAUCGCAGCGAUUAUUCAGGACCUAAGGAAGGUCCGCCUGAGAAUAGGUUACGCAGUCGAAUUGGUACUAUGCUUGGACGGCGGCGUCAGAGCAUUCACGGCGGAUUUGGUCAACUUGCCCCUGGGAAAAGUCCAUUUGGGCGAAAUACUAAGAGCAGUCAUGGCCUUUCACCUAGAGCUUCUUCAAGUAACCUGGGUGACUCACCCAGCCGACUUGGCGCAUUAGCAGAAGACCCUGAUUCCACCACAAGUGAGCCUUUCCGCACUUCCGAAGCAUCUAGAGAGAAAAUUAGCCAUGAUGGCCCCAAUGGAGUCGGAAGGGUGAACUCGACCGACGUAGUGCGACCAACAACGGGUACGACCACUACAUCCCAAGUUAACGGAACUGGGUCUGCGCUGGACGCAUUAGAUGUACCGCCUCCCCCAGGGCCCCCGCCGUCUCAUAAAGAGCCAGAGAAAGAUGCGGAAGGGUUUAGUGUACCGACGUAUUCGCAUGAUCCUAUAUCACAGGCUGAAAAAGAAGCGGCUGCCCAAGAAUCCGAACAUGCAUUCAAGCUGAGUAUUCAAAAGGAGCCUGUCGCUGAAGAGGAUGAAGACGCCAAGAAAGCAGCUCUGUCGAACGUGGCGAACAGCCUAUCGGCAAUGGGGGCACCAGCACGGAGGGUUGGCACUGUCCGAGGACGUCGGGAUGUGCGUAAUACUAUCUAUGUACCUGGCCCGGUUUCCGAGGACUCUGCAACCUCUGCUAUAACACCUCCUAUCCCAACGAUGUUCUCCAGACCUACAGGUCUAUCGACCUUGGCCUCCGAAGCCAGCGUCGCCGGAACGUCCGACACACAGUCUAUUCGAUCAUCCAACUCUUUGAGCAGUGUUGUUCAAGCCAAACACCCCGAAAUGCAUCGGCCUGGGCUGAACUCAUCUUUGAUAGAAACUGUGUCAGCCACUUUUGAGGCUGGUGCGGUUAAAUCUGUGAAGGUCAAUGGCGAGAUCGCCUUGGCUUUCAAUCCCGGUGAUGACCCAAAUCCGCCGUCACACCUAUCCGUUCGAAUUAACAAUUUCUCUCUUCUUGAGUCCAUCGGGCCUAAUCGGAUUUUUGUAUCUAAUAGCCCCGACCAUCCUGAUCAGUUCACGAUGGACGCCUCCCACAUCCGAAAUACCCAUAUUGGUUUCUCAUAUAAGCUACAUUCCGAUAUUAAUGCACCAUCAAAAGAACAUGUUCCCAUCCUCAUCCACCCUACCUGGAAGCCUCAAGGCGACAAGCUUGGCCUGUUGUUACAAUACAAGUUAAACCCUUCGUUCAAUUUUGCAGCGAACAACUCUCCUAUACAACUCCAUAACCUCGUCAUUUUCGCCACCUACGAAGGUAAAGCCUCUGGUGUUCAGACCAAGCCUUCUGGGACCCAUCUGAAGGACAAGCAUUUGGUAUACUGGCGUCUUGGUGAUGUCACGCUGUCCUCAAACGGAGAUUGGCAGAAAAUCGUAUGCCGAGUCGUGGGAGAGCAGGGUGCCGAGCCCAAGCCAGGUAAUAUCGAGGCUCGAUGGGAGUUUAGCCCUCCCGCAGACGCCGAGGUGAGCCAGGCGAUAUCGCUUUCCAAACUAGAAGAAGGCAAGGGCAAAGAAAUCGAGAUCACCGACGACGACCCUUUCGCUGAUGCGAUAUCAUCGACCGCAGAAGGGAAAUGGGUCGAUGUCCCCGCGGUGCGAAGGAUUUUGAGCGGUAGAUAUGAAGCGAGACCUACUCCCUAACUAAGAUCUGCAUAGAGAUAAGACGAGAAGAAGUAGGACUUGUAUGUAAGGCAGAGUGUAUGCGAUAUCCUGUUUUCAUUUUAUUUUACUUAUUUUAUUAUUUUCAAAGCAUUUUUGGGAAGAAAAUCCGGUCCAUUUCAAUUUGUUAUUUUUGAUUUGAUUAUGACGCGCUCGUUGUCGGCUUUCGCGCAUGGCCGAUUCCUUACAUAAAUAAGCCCGAGGGGGCAGUCUUAUUGUCUUGUCUGUUCAUCUUUUUUUUUCCCCUGAAAUUUGUGCUGCAAAGUUGAAUUUGAAAAAAGUCAUCCAUCAAUCAAUCAAUCGUACAUAGCCUUGAUAAUCUGAUUAUAUUUUAUAUACUUAAAUAAUUAGUAAUGGC